GACACCUACAAGAGAUGGAUCCUCAGACCUUCAUCGACGUGCGUCCCUAUACACCGCAACGUUCGCCAUCAUAUUGUCCUGCCCUCUUCUCACUAGUAUCAUCGAGGUGUUUCUGACGGUCCUGUUUCUGACUGUCCCGGCUUUGGCCAGCAUUCUAUCUCAAGGCUUCGUGUAGUGUUAUCUUUGAUUUGACUCAUUGUCCGGCGGGCAAAGUCAACCCAAGAUGAGCCAUGACCCUAGCAUCGACAUGCCCAGAGAAAACAGUCCAUUAUUGGCAGCAUACCAGGAAUCGCCGGAGGCAAACGUCGCAAAAGAUGAAGUCAUCACAUUUCACCCAGAUGACCCCGAGGACCCUAGGAACUGGUCUUGGUACCGCAAAUGGCUCAUGAUUGCUGCGAUAAUACCCAUAGAUUUGAGUGUUAGCUGGGGGGCUUCCGGGUUCUCUCCAGCAGCAGCAGAUUUUGCCAAAGAUCUGAACGUAUCUCCCCAGGUAGCGACGCUAGGAUUGAGUCUCUACAUCCUUGGCCUUGCUUUCGGACCCAUGAGUUUGGCACCGCUGUCUGAGUAUUUCGGCAGACGGCCUAUCUAUGUCUUUUCAUACGGCAUUUUCCUCGUUCUGCUCCUAGGAACUACCUUUGUCGAGAACUUGGCGGUAUUCUUCGUCUUGAGAUUCUUCUCUGGGUACUUUUCGUCUGUAACCAUUUCGAAUUUUGGCGGCACUAUCGCAGAUCUUUUCCAUCAUCAUGACACUGGACCGGCUAUGAGCUGGUUUCUCUGGGCUGCAACGGGAGGCUCGCCCACCGGUUUCGUUCUAUUCUCCUUCAUCGCCAAAGGCAGAUCAUGGCACGGAGUUUUCCGCGCAAUGUUCUUCAUCUGCUUUACAUUUUGGGUGAUUAUGGCAGGGGCACUGUACUACCUGGGCGAAACGAGACACAGCGUCCUGCUUCUACGCAGAGCUAAAUCACUACGAGCUACCACCGGAAACGAAGAAUUGAAUGUGUCCGACGAGAUGAAGCAGCGAGGACCAAGGCAAUUAUUCGGCACAGCACUCACUCGGCCUUUCCGUUUUCUUGGUAGCGAAGCAAUCGUUCAAUUCAGUGCUCUUUACAACGGAUAUCUAUACGGUCUAUCUUUCUUAUUCAACGGCGCAUUCCAUCUUAUCUUUGGUCCUAAUGGAUACGGUUUCGACGUGGUUGGGGUCGGUAUUUGUUUCGUUGGUAUCGUUGUUGGCAUCUGCGCUGGACUGCUUACGAACACAUACCAAGAACGAUACUAUCAAAAGCAAGUUUCGCUGUCCCAGAAUCAUGACGCUCCCGAGGCGCGCGUUCACCUUGCCAAACUGGCGGCGAUCGUCCUACCUGUCUCACUUGUAGCGUUCGCUUACACGGCGGACCCUUCGAUUCCUCCAGUCGUACCCGUUAUUGCAUCGGCAUUUUGGGGCUGGUCGUUCUACACAUUAAUCCUCAUGACCUUGACAUAUACAGAGGAUGCCUAUAAAACGUACUCCGCAUCUGCGCUUGCAGGUAUUGGCCUCGUCAGGAACUUGGCUGGUUCUGCAUUUCCACUGGCUGGAAGACGCCUCUUCGUCAAUCUCGGAACCAAGAAUUCCUGCCUCAUCCUUGCGGCUAUGUCGGUGGUCAUGAUUCCCAUUCCUUUUAUAUUGACGAGAUAUGGAAUUGCUCUAAGAAAGAAAAGUCCCUGGGCUGCACACCAUGUUGAGGAGGACGAGGAGGAAACUGGAGAUGCUUAAUGAGAUAUGACAACUUCGCUUUCUUUACAUGGCAUCACGAAAUUAGACUGCAUACUAGAUAUAUCGUUCAUCCUUUAAAGUAUGCUCUUAUCAUUUGAUUCUUACAUAGCAUAGGCUGCAGCCUUGUAAAUCAUUACGUCUAGUUGCAAGCCCACAACAUAUUUUUGGGACUACAAAGCUGCAAAAGUACAGCUCUCAAAUGGAAAUAGAAUUGCCAACCAAAAGAUGCACCGAAACCAUGAUGCUGUAUCCAAUGGAAAUGCCGGAACCCCAGAGUCCAAGAACCAACGCCUUCAAAUGCAAAGAUCCUUCCCAAUUCUCGUUCGCAACCCCCUAUACCCAUCCCCCAAAUU